CCAUGCAGAGGUUAAACCCGACUGUUUUGACCAGCAGAAGAAGAGCUUUAGCUCGGAGCUAUCUGUGUCGUCAUUUACUGGGAUCAUGGAUUACCCAGAACGCAGCUUCACGGUCUCGCAACUUUGCCUUCAAGACGAAUACGAAGCCGAAGCUGGACUUUUACUCUCCGAACAACAAGAUCUCCCAUUUGAUAAGAAUGAACCGUCUGAGCGAAGCAAGAGCCGUGUUUGAUAAAACAGUACAAAGAAACGCUGUAACGUGGAAUAUGAUGAUCAAUGGAUACGUAAAAUUCAGAGAAAUGGCUAAAGCAAGACAACUGUUCGAUGCAAUGCCUCAAAGAGACGUUGUUUCGUGGAAUAUAAUGAUUUCGGGGCAUAUUUCGUGUCGUGGAAGUGGGUUUUUGGAGGAGGCCAGAUUCUUGUUUGAUAAAAUGCCUGAAAGAGACUAUGUUUCAUAUAAUACAAUGAUUAGUGGGUAUGCGAAGAAUGGUAUGAUGGAAGCAGCGUUGAGGGUUUUUAAUGAAAUGCCUGAGAGGAAUGUUGUGGCGUGGAAUGCUAUGAUUUCGGGGUUUUUGCAGAAUGGUGAUGUGGCUCGCGCUAUUGAGUUUUUUGAGAAAAUGCCAGAACGGGACUGUGCUUCUUUAAGUGCACUUGUGGCCGGUCUUAUUCAGAAUGGUGAAUUAAAUGAAGCAGGAAAAGUUUUAGUUCGAUUUGGGAAUAAGUAUGAUGAUAGAGAGGAUUUAGUGCAUGCUUAUAAUACUUUGAUUGCCGGGUAUGGUCGGAGAGGAAGGGUUGUUGAAGCUCGAGAGCUUUUUGAUCAAAUACCAGUUUGUAGUGAGCACAGAGAAGAAGGAAAGGAUAGGUUUAGGAGGAAUAUUGUGUCGUGGAAUUCAAUGAUUAUGUGUUAUGUGAAGGCGGGAGAUGUUAUUUCUGCAAGGGAGAUCUUUGAUCAGAUGGUGGAAAGAGACAAUUUUUCAUGGAAUACUAUGCUUAGUGGGUAUGUUCAUGUGUCAAAUAUGGAAGAGGCCUCAAAUCUCUUCGGUGAAAUGCCGAAUCCUGACACUCAUUCAUGGAAUACAAUGAUAUCAGGGUAUGCUCAGAUGGGUAAUUUAGAGCUUGCCCGUGAUUUAUUUGAGAGGAUGCCACAAAAAAGUCUGGUCUCAUGGAAUUCAAUGAUAGCGGGAUGUGACAGAAACGAGGACUAUAAAGGAGCAAUUAUCCUUUUCAGCCAGAUGCAAGUUGAAGGAGAAAAACCUGAUCGGCAUACUUUAUCUUCAGUUCUCAGCGUGUCUACUCAAAUUGUGGACCUGCCCCUGGGAAUGCAGAUUCACCAGCUAGUCACUAAAACAGUUAUUCCAGAUGUGCCAAUAAACAAUGCCCUCAUUACCAUGUAUUCAAGAUGUGGAGCAAUAACUGAGGCACGCGGUGUUUUUGAUGAGAUGAAGCAGCAGAAAAGUGUAAUCUCGUGGAAUGCAAUGAUAGGAGGAUAUGCAUCCCAUGGUUUUGCAACGGAGGCUUUAGAACUUUUCGGCUUGAUGAAAAGUUCCAAAGUUUGGCCUACAUGUAUAACAUUUAUUUCAGUAUUGAGUGCUUGUGCUCAUGCAGGACUAGUAGAAGAAGGCCGCAGGCAUUUUAAAUCAAUGAUCAGUGAAUAUGGUAUUGAACCAAGAAUUGAGCACUUUGCGUCCCUUGUGGACAUAGUGGGUAGGCAUGGGCAUCUGGAGGAGGCCAUGGAUUUGAUAAAAAACAUGCCAUUUGAGCCAGAUAAAACUGUGUGGGGUGCUUUGCUGGGUGCAUGUCGGGUGCAUAACAAUGUAGAGUUGGCCCGAGUUGCAGCUGAGGCAUGGAUGGAACUUGAACCAGAAAGUUCAGCCCCAUAUGUGCUUCUGUAUAGUAUGUAUGCAGAUGUUGGACGUUGGGAUGAUGCAACAAAAUUGAGAAUGGUAAUGGCAAAUAAUAAUAUUAAGAAGCCAGCAGGGUCUAGUUGGGUAGAUUCCUCUCAUUUCUUGUAACACUUGGAGUGAUUCGGCUAAUGCACCGAUUGUUUGCUGCUCUGAAAAUAAUAUUCUUCCAUUUUUUAAGUAAUUAUGGGCAAGAUCAUCUCUAGUGUUCGGCUCAGUUUCAUCGCGCUUUGAAGCAGCAUUUACUUCCUGCAACACUUGAAUAGGCGAAGAACUAGUCAAGGGGAAAUAAAUUUCAGUUACAAGUUCAUUACAAUUGUAGAGAUUUCUGCAGCAAUAUUCAACAAGAUCCGCAGAAGUGUAAGCAACAAAUAACCUUUUUCAGGUACUGGAGGUAACCCAUCCCCCUUCUAGCUUGAAGCAAGAGUAUAAAUUUCGAUUCAGAAAAUACUAAAACCAUGAAUAGUUGGUUUUUACUACCAGACUCUCCCCUUGCUGGUUCUCUGGAUUUAGCUUUGGUGUUUAAGCCUCAUUCAACCAGGUUUUCAGCUACAAUGGUAAUGCAACCUUGAAUGUAUAGCAACUGGGUUUAAUCGAAUCAUCAGUAACCAGGUGGGAAUGUUGAUUCAAAAUUGAAUUUUUUAUUUUGAUCUAGUUUCGCAUACUGAUGAACGUGCUCAAGCUUCAACCUUGGAUUUUGCAAAAUGAACGUGAUGUUUGUC